AUGGUGGCCGCCGCGUCCAAGAAGACGAAGAAGAGCCAGGAGAACAUCAACAGCCGCCUGGCGCUGGUGAUGAAGUCUGGCAAGUACACGCUGGGCUACAAGACCUGCCUCAAGACCCUGCGCUCCGGCAAGGCCAAGCUCAUCAUCGUGAGCAGCAACUGCCCCCCGGUCCGCAAGUCCGAGAUCGAGUACUAUGCCAUGCUCUCCAAGACUGGCGUCCACCACUACACCGGCAACAACGUGGAUCUGGGCACCGCGUGCGGCAAGUACUUCCGCGUGAGCGUCCUGGCCAUCACCGACCCCGGGGACAGUGACAUCAUCAAGACCACCGAGUGA